AUGGAAGAUUCACCCUCAGCGUCGUAUAUCCACCAGGUGCACCGUCUGAUAGAAGAGUGUAUUCUAUUCAACAUGAAUCAAGAAGAAUGCAUGGAAGCUCUUUCCAGACAUGCAAAUAUCAAACCGAUAAUUACCUCCACAGUGUGGAAAGAGUUAGAAAAGGAAAACAAAGAGUUCUUUGAUGCCUAUUCGAGGAUCCAAGCAGAGGGAGGUUCAAAGACAGUGUCGAGGCAAAAGAUACUCGACAUGAAUGAAAAUUAUUUGACCAUAUUAUUCCCGUGUCUCACUUUCCAUGAAUGA